UACAGUAAUGGCGUAUAGCAAUAGUUUUGCUACAAUUCAUAGUGACACAAUAUACCAUAACGCUGGUUGACUUUCUUAAGUUUUGCAAGGGCGACAUCUGCCCACGUUUAGGAGCACUUGCAAUAUUGAUUAUAAUACUUUAUAACUACAUAGGGUCAGUAGCUUUUAUUCAACUGGCGAUUAGGACCUUUAGCUCUCACAAACUUCUAUGUAGGGGCAUGCCGUGGCCUGGUGCUAUUAUUGAAUUCCUCUGACUGCUAUACGCGAAGGCUCGAGUUGGAUAGGGUAAAAGCUACCGCUACUUGCAACCGUUUGAGCAAGACUGGGCUGCAGCAGCUCCCAACCUACGUUGGAGCACACAUUAUUUAACUUUGGAACCUACUUACCACGCAAGCGGUUGCUCGGGAGCUGUCGCAGGCUGGAGUGGCAUGUCAGCUGACAUCUUGCAGCAACUCGCUGCGGCCACUGGGAUGCAAGACGGCCCUGGCAAGAAGAGCACCGGCGUCAAGGAUGAACCGGCCCGCGUGCUACUUGUCACGACAGUGGACGUCGGCGGCGGGGCCAGCGAGCGCAUAGAGGUGCGCGCGGGCGAGAACCCCGAGGACGUUGCUCGCGCCUUCUGCCAGCAGCACCACCUGCCGGACGCCAUCAUCGCCCCGCUGGCGGCGCACUUGGACGAGAACCUGCGCAAGGCGGCACUCAGCCGCAUGCAGCAGGCAACCGCACAGCCUCAGGAUGCACGCACACCGCAGUCAGGUCCGGACGCCACCGACCCUGCCGCCUCAGGAAUGCUCGCACCACCCCAACAUUCCAAAUCGCCCCAACGACCCGGUCAAGUCGCAACAGCUCCUCCCUGUUCCGGCGGCGCCGCGCCUCCCAAACAACCGCAGUACAGCUUCGGCACGGGCAUGGACGACCGGCUGUACGAGCAGCUAUCGUCCAAGCUGCUGGACGAGUCGCAGGCGCCCUCGGCUCGCCGCGGUAACUGGGUGAGCGCCUCGGAGGUGCUCAGCGGUGCAGCAGGUCCGGGUGGCGGCGGCGGCAGCAAUGGCGGGGCGGGCAGCGGCAUGAACAGCAAGCGCAGCUCGGGGGGCGUCAGCAACUUUGGCGGGCAGCAAGGGGGAUACGGCCGGCUUACUACCUCGGCGGCGCCCAGCCCAAGGUACGGCGACGCCAGGAACAGGGACAGCGUGCACAUGCGGCUGUACGCCACCGCGCAGGAGCGCGCGGCGCGGCAGGAGGAGCGGCGGCGCAUGGCGAACGCGGAGCAGGUGGCGGCCAUCGCAGCCAGCAGGUCGUCCAUGUCGUGGAUCAGCGCGGAGAUGAUGCGGGGCCGUGGAGCGGGCGGCGCAUUUGACAACUAUGGCGAGAUGCUGUACGCGGAGGGGGUCGAGUCGCUCAUGAACCGGCUCAAGAGGGCCCAGCUGGAGCGCAAGCAGCGCGAGGAUCAGGAGCUGGAGGGCGUCACCUUUGCGCCCGCCAUCACCAAGAAGGCUUGGGAGCUGAAGCAGCGCGAGCGCACCAGCUGCAGCGGCUCCAUGGACGGCAUGUCGGCGGAGGACUACGAGAAGUGGCAGCGACUGCACCUGCGCGGCAUGAGCAAGUGCACACAGGAGCGACUAGAGCAGCUGCGGCAACAGCGCGAGGCUGCGGAGGUGGCCGAGUGCACCUUCCGGCCGCGUAUCAAUAAGAACAGCGAGUCGCUCAUGACGGAGCGGGCAGAGACGCUUAAGUCCCAGAAGAUGAGCUAUCACGAGCAGCUCUUUGCUGACGCGCAGCGCCGCCAAAACAAGAUGGAGGACCUUCAGCGCUGGUACCCGGAUGGAGUCACAUUCCAGCCGCAGAUCAACAAGGACCCUCGCUCCCAGGAGUACGUACGACGCAGCUGGGAUCGCAUGUCCAAGCAGGUGCAGCGGCAUCAAGGGCAGGGCGGGCAGCAGCAGGGGCAGGGGCUCUCCUGCGGGGGCUCCGUAAUGGCCUCCACCGCCUCCACCGGCAGCCCUCACGAGCAGCAGCAAGGCCGGCAGCAGCAACUGGUUGCGGCGGGAGGCGGGCCGGCGGGGAACGGGGCCGGGGCGCAGCAGCCGCAGAUCUCUGUGGUGGACCGGCUGUAUGCGGAGUGGGAGCGAAAGCAGGCCAAGCUUGAGGCGGCUCGGCAGGUGCUGCACGGCCCCAUAGACCCCGUCACCAACAAGCCGCUCUUCCAGCCGGAGAUAUGCAGGGGCCCGCGCGGCAGUGUGGCGCACGCUCGCAGCAGCCGCGGCGGCCGCCACAUCGGGGAGCACCUCUACCGCGCCGCGCAGGACCUGGCAGCCAAGCGCGCGGCAGCGGAGGAGGCGGAGCGCCGAGCUGCGGAGGAGGACGCGAGCCGCAGCCGCACCACGGCGGUGAGCCAGCGCAUGUUCACGGAGCUUAAGCUGAAGCGCUUCCGACAGAUCUUCGAGUACCUGGACGAGGCGGGCAGCGGCUUCCUGGACCUGCUGGCGGCGCUGGGUCGGGCGCCCCCCUGCGAGGACCCCUCCCAGCCGCCCUGCCGCCACCCGCGAGUGGACAACCUUGACGGGGAGGUGCUGCUGGAUGUGGAGGCGGCGGCGGACCUCUGGGCGCGGGCUAAUGGGCUGCUGCUAAGUCCCGAGGAUCAGCGCCAGGCGUCCGGGCUCACCGGCGAGGGCUCCACCGCGGAGGCUGACUCGCCGCGCACCUACAGCGCUUCCACCUCCGGCCUCGGCCUCAGCCCCCGGCCCCGCUCGCAGCAGCCCGGCACCAGCGCCCCCGGCUAUUCCUAUGUCCUGUCCGAGCCCUGCCCGCCGCUUAACCUGGGCAUGUUCACCAGCUGCAUGGAGGAGGCGCUGCGGCAGCGGCGCGGCCCGCGAGCCUACCUGGUGCCCUCGCCGGCACCCAAGCAGGCCCCCGCGCACAGCUUCCGCCCCGCCAUCAACCCCCGCUCCCGCGCGCUAGCCGCCAAGAGCCGCCCCGACAACGCUUCCACCUUUGAGCUGCUGCACCGCGUGGCAGCCAAGACGGCGGAGCGGCUGGAGGCGCUGCGACGGCAGAAGGAGGAGGCGGGCAUGGAGGGCUGCACCUUCCAGCCGCAGCUUAACCCCAACCGCAACAUCAUUGCGGGGCGCAGUACGGUGGGACGCAGCGGCGGCAUGGGCAGUCGCCACGGCUCGCUGAACACCUCGAGCUUUGCUGUGGCGGCAGCGGGGAUUGCAGCAGCUGGCGUGGGCGGUGCUGCAGGGGCUGCAGCGGCGGCGGCGGCUCAGGCUGCGGCGGAUGCGAAGCGUCGGGAGCUGCAGCAGCACCUUGCUGAGCUGCAGCUGGCGACCAACACGGCUGUGAGCAAGCAGGCGGAGCUGCUGCAGCACCGCGCAGAGAGCGGCGGGGGUGCGGAGGACAAGGAGGUCGACGGGGGUGAUGAGGCGCUGGAUGCUGAGCUGCACCAGUUCUCACUGCUGGAGCAGGAGCUGCGGGACAUGCAGGCGCUGACGCAGGUGGCAAUCGAUGAUCAUGACCGGCAGCAGCAGCUGCUGGCGGCGGCGGCAGCCCAAGCUCAGGCGCAAGCCCAACACCAGCAGGCGGUCCACCCCGGCAGUGGCGGUGUGCCACAAGGCGGGCUGCAGGAGCUGGCCAUGUCGCUGGGGGUGGGGCCGGGAGCCGCUGCGGGAGCUAGCAUCAAUGGGAGGCUCUUCAGUGAUCCAUAAAUGCCGCGACAAUUCGGAGUGUGACAGUUUUGGUGUGUAGUUCUUUGGAGGGGUGGAGUUGGCUUGGAGGCUUGUUUGGGGCUUGCUACACGCUUGGACUUCAACAGCAGUUGCGGGUUAUUUUGUUGCGGGAAACUGUUGGUUUCGCCCGAGAAAACGAAAGGCGCUUGCAUCUGGCUUGCGGGGUUGCGUUCUAGGAAGGAGGCGCAUCAUUGGUGUGGUGUGGUUGGGCCUUGGUUGGCUGUGGUUUGUUAAGGACGAACUCUCGCAUAAGAAUCUAGUUACGUAACCAGUGGGAAUGGGCUGGUCUGGACUGGACCGCGUCGACUCUGGAGUAGAUGUAUAUGCACACUCUUGGACACCGGCGGUGCUUGGUUGCGUGCGCAGAGCGUGACUUGCCGCCGAGUCGGAAAUUAGGGGGAGGGAUGUUUGUGCUGCACAUCUGUUGGACCCUUUGCGUGCGACUGGUGUGCAGAAGUGCAUGAGAGACAACACCUUUGUAGCGGUGGUUGUCGUGUGGUGGUCACGUG